AUAGGUCCGAAUCAUGUCUUCUGCAUCAAUGGCUGGUCGCAUCUUUCUGGUAACGGGAGCCUCGGAUGGCAUUGGUAAGCACACGGCUCUACGCCUGGCCCAAACUGGGGCGACGGUGCUCAUGCACGGCCGGGACACUGAGAAAAUCUACCAAGCCCAGCGCGAGAUCGCCCAGGAGACCGGCAACAAGUGUUUGGAGGUCUACACUGCCGACUUGGCUUCCCUCCAGCAGGUCCGCGAGCUAUCCGAGGCGAUUCACAGCAAACACGACCACCUGGACGUCCUCAUCAAUAACGCCGGGAUACACAAGCCAACCUGGGUGCAGUCUCAUGACGGGCAUGAGAUGACGUUCGCUGUUAACGUCCUGGCACCGUUCCUGCUGACCUCCCUCCUGAUGGAUCUCCUGAGGGCUGGCAAGGCCAGCCGCAUCCUUCACGUCAGCUCCAUCACCCACGCUGCUCUCGAGGAGUUCAAGCUGCGUGACUUGAAUUACAAGCAGAACUACGGCGACGGCUUGAACACCUCCUACGCGCUGUCCAAAACCUGCGAGAUCAUGUACACCUACAAGACGGCUGAACUCUUGAAAGGUAGCGGUAUCACCGUCAACUGCCUGGAUCCGGGAACCGUCAACACCAAUAUGCUCCUGAAAGCUUUGGGCCCGAUCGGAAUGCCGAUCAAGGAUGCCAACUUCGAGUACAGAGCGGCCAUCGACCCUGCCUUAGAUGGGGUGUCCGGCAAGUAUUUUGUGGAUGACAAAGAAACCGAAUCGUCGGCCGUUUCCAAUGACAAGGAUCUGCAGGAUAAGCUGUGGGAUAUCUUGGUCAAGAUUACCGGUGCGGUGUAUCCAAAUCAAAAUUGAACUGACAAGUGGCACCAUCAGGAUCUAGAAUUUUUGAAAAGUGGAGGGGAUCCCCAAGGAGAAAAAAAAUAUAGUUUCAUAAUAUAUAUGUGUGUGGGCAAAGUUUCAAUAAUGCGUGCUUAGAGCAAAUGAAUAAACUGAGCUUUAUAAUAGGUUCUUGUCAAAACUUCACCCAUCGUGGUGAAAGAAAAAUCAUUGUAACUAACAGGACAGUUCAGUGGUGUAAUGGUGCACACGAUAAAUACAGAAACAGUUAGUUGUACCACACUGCUCAUAUUUCAGGCUAUUGAAGCCUUUUUUAUUUAAAAGCUCAUGGAUAAACUCACAAAAGACCUAGCCUAGGCCUGAAUAAAAGACUUGCAGCAGGCCAAAAGACAAAUCACAUUCCACGCAAAAGCGACAGCGAAGUGAAUUUCAUGUAAACAAAUGAAUUUUCAUUGUGACGUUUGCUGUUACCCCAAUGAAUUCGCUUCGUGGAGAUAUGCAAUGGCAUUAAAGGGAAUAUACAACAUUUUCAAACAUCGAAAAAUAAAACUACUAAGUUUUUA